AUGAGAAUUCACCCUAACAUAUCUUCCAACGGAGUAGAAGUAGAGAUGAUUAAAUAUGGUGUGCAUCCAAGCAAAUGGCAAAUUUAUAAAGCACUUUCAAAAGCAAGAAAUGAGAUUGAAGGCAAUCACAGUGAAUCCUACACCAAAUUGCCAAAGUAUGCAGAACUUCUCAGGAAAUACAACCUGCACAGCAUCUGUAAAAUACAUUAUGAUAGGCCUACUCUCCUUGUUGAGUCUAGAUUUUUGAGAAUAUUUAUUAGUUUCAAAGCUCAAAGAAGUGGAUUUCUUGAAGGCUGUAGACCUUUUGUUGGUUUUGAUGGAUGUAUUUUGAAAGGUCCCUUUGGUGGUGUACUUCUCACAGCAGUUACUUUAGAUGCUAACAAUAGCAUCUUUCCUAUUGCAUUUGCUGGCUUGAAUCUUGCUUAUGAAGAGAUAGUGCCUAUUGCUCAUGGAAGGCAUUGCUGUAGGCAUAUCUGUAGCAAUUUUAAAACUCAAUUUCCUAGUAUUUUGCUUAGUAACCUGUUCUGCAGAGCAGCAAAAAGCUUUGACAUUGCAGGGCAUAAUGAAGCCAUGGCCAACAUAAAGAAGCUAAACAUAGAAGCUUGGAGAUAUCUAGAGAAAAUUCCCAAAACAAGUUGGUGUAGAUAUACCUUUAAUACUGGAAUUAAGUGUGAUCAUGUCACGAAUAACUAUACUGAGUCCUUUAAUGCAUGGGUAGGUGAGCUAAGAGGGAAACCUAUCUCAACAUUGGUUGAGGGGUUGAGGAAGAAGUUCAUGAAGAAAACGCACAAGAGAUAUCAAAAAGGGUGCACACUAACCACUAUUGUCACCCCAAAGAUGAUGGAUAAGCUGCAAAAAAUAGGACAAGCAUCAAGACAAUGUCAACUUACUAUGGCAGAUGAUGACAUAUUUGAAGUGGGGGAUAUGAACAGGUCUUACAUAGUCAAUUUGCCAGCUAAAAGUUGUAAUUGUGGAGCUUUUCAAAUUUUAGGACUUCCUUGUAAACAUGCUACAUUGGGGAUUAUUUACAAGAGACAGAAGCUAGAGUCCUACUGUGACCAUUGGUUCUCAAGAGAUAUGUACUUAAAGACAUAUGCAAGUUUGAGCAAUAGAAGAGGCAAACCAGGAAGAGGGACUGUAAACACUGACCUGUCAGGAGCUACUCUUUGGGAUCAUGUGCAAGGCAACGUGCCUGUUGUACGCUUAAGCCAAAGAAGCAAUCAUUCUCCUCCAAGUCAACCUGCAACUGUGAAUGUACAACAGCAGAUUCAGACCACAACAACUGCUUCAAAGAAAAAGACAGGAAGGCCAUUGUGCAAUACUGGAACAACUACUAGAGGGAGUAGCAAGAGAACUAACUCAAAUACAACUACUCAGGUCACUCAAACUCUGGAACCUCCUCCAGUUCAACAAAUUGCAGCAUCUCAAGUUGCUAUAGCUGCAUCUUUGUCAAUCAAUGUAGCUAUAGCACUGCAGUCAACAAAUCUGCAAUAUUUGUUCCUUAUUGUGAAGGAUGUUGGGGAGUUCCAUGAUGCUCCCUUGUGGUUGGAAGCAGCCAUACUCUUUGCUGCAAUAUUUCACCUCAAGCUGCCAAAUUGA